AUGACUGAAAAGCUUUUGAUUAUCUGCCCUUCAACUCAGCCCAUCUGCGGAACUUUUCAUCUGUACUUUCCCACAUACAUUGCAACUCAGCAAAAUCUAUUGAGGCAGAAUCCACCUCGCACUGUUAUUCUGCUUGGAGAGUCUAAUAGCCAGCGCAGUCAUACUCCUUCAUUGAUGGAGGCCAUUGGCUGCGACAAAAGAGAGGAGGGGAAUGCAUGGUUCUUUCCUGGUUCUGGCGACAUGCUCUACGGGAUGCGUAUUUGUGUAGGUGAAGCCCCAUCUGCUUUGAAAAUAUUGUGGGAAUCGAAGAAAGAUCCGCCACCACCAACGCCUCCUCGAUCCUCGCCACCGCAAACCCCAGCUCCUCUUCCUCCUCCAAGGCAUCCACAACCGCCACUCGCACCUCCUCCAAAAUCACUACCACCUUCUCGUCCUCCAAGACAACCACCACCGACCCCCAGAGCUCCCCAGGAUCCCGCUGACUGCCAGGAUGCAUUGAUAUACGUGGAUGUUUGCAUAAGAGAUCUCAUAACUUUCUUUUUCGAGAAAGAUGGUUCUUCAGUCGGGCAAAAUUGUUGCGACGCCAUCUCCGAGCUUUCAGAUGAUUGCUUUUCCGAAGCGUUCGCGGGCUUCAGUGACCCCGAGUUCAUUAAGAGAGUUAGGGACUACUGUGCUGGCCAAUUUCACGUCUGA